GUUCAAGAAUCUUGCAAAUACUUUGCGUUGAAAAAUACAAAAUUGAAUAGAAGUUGUAUACAUAAUGUCAGAUCCAUAAUCUCGCUAAGUUUAGUCUUCACUGACCAUUUUCGUCGUGAAAUAUUGGGGAAAUUAAGGAUAACACAAAAUAUUUUAUGAAAAUUAACUUAGUGGCGUGUACGCAUGCGCAGAUCAGGUAGAAAAAAGAAAACAUGGCGACAGAGAAAAGAAAGUCUGGAUCAAUAUUUAAAGGGAUGAAACUGACUGUUCUUGUAGAAGAGAUGGUCAAUGACGUCUUAGUUGUUGUACUGGAACAUGGCUCAAAAGUUUACAGAGGAGUUCUCUUAGAUUCAAAUAAAAGAGGACUUCCAUCUGGAAUUUGCAGCGCAUUCGGUGGUUCCAAGAAUGACAAUUUUGAAGGAGGGGGCGACAACGGACUAGAUGGCAGUUCUGUGGACAAACCAGUGGACAUGCCAGCAAGCAUCUUUAGACACACUUAUUUUCCUAGCAUGCCUAAUUUAGCUACAGGCAUGCAAGCAGUGCCAGACCGUGCAUUUCCAAAACUUGGCAAUAACAGAACAACUAGAAAUAUUCGUCUACGCCCUAGACAAACACUGUGUAGUAAAUGUAAAUCAACAUGUUUAGAUUCUCAGAACGGACCUGUUCCAGUCACAUCAGCCUUAGCAUCUGCGGCAUCAAAACAACAAUUGUCUAGUCCAUCGAAGCAAGGAGCUGUUAAAAAUGAUACAAAAUCUAUAAGAAAAAGAGCCAGCACCAUUGACUUGGAGCCUAAACCUACUAAAUUGAUCAAAGUUCAUAGUGAAUCAUGUUUAAGCACAAAACUAACUCGUUCUAGUCCCUUUAUCAAGAUUUCAAUUGGUGAAACUAAUGUGAUGAAUAUUCCACCAAGAAUUCAUGAAUUAGAUCGGCAGAUAUCAUCUGACACAGAAAAGAGUGCAGAUGAAGAUCCCGGGGAGUUUGUAGAUUCUAAUGAUAUAGAUAGUAAAGAAAAAGUACACACCAAUAUAUACAAGAAAAUGUUGAGACAUUCCCAAGAGGAAAGAACAAGUUCAGAUGAAAAUAAGAAAAGUAGAAGCUCAGCAGCUCAGAGAAAAAAUAAAAAAUCAAAGCACAAGCCUAAAGAUUAUGAUGAGAGUGAUGGGGAUAUGCCCCCAAAUAUAAUCAUAACUGAAAAUAUUGACACAAGUGAGGAUAGUGAAGAUUUAAGUGAAAAUGAACCAAGGAAAUUAGAUAGAGUGAGACCAAGAUUAAUUUAUACAUGGAGGCAGAAUAAAGGUCUUUCACCAAUGCAUAGAUCUAAUUCAAAUGAAAGUUUGAACAAUCGUAGAUCUGAUUCACCUAAUGAACUCAUUCCUAGUCCAUUGGAGAACCUUGAUGGUACUCCAAUAAAUGAGCCAGAAGUAAAGACAAAUAAACGAAAGAAAAGUGCUCUGAAGGAGUACAAACUUAGGAGUCGAUCAAGGUCUCUAGACUCUAACCCAGAAUAUGAGAUUACGGAAGAUUCAGCUUACAUAUCAUACGAAGACCCAAAAUCUGUUUCAGACAGAAGUGAAGGGUGUUCUACAGAUGCAGACACUACCUCUGACUCUGACAAUAGUGAAUAUGGUGAUGGGCCACCUGGGGACGACCAUGUUGAUGCUUUCAAACCAUUAAUGAUGAAAAUACAUACCAGUAGUGUUUCAAAAUGUAGCAUUCCAGAUGGACGUAAAUUGCAAACUGGUGAUAUAGUCUGGGGUAAAGUGAAGGGUUUCCCUUGGUGGCCUGGGCGAAUUAUGACCAUAAAUGUUAGCCAAAAAGACAAUGCUGUAGUGAUAAGGCAGAUUGCUCAAGUUGCAUGGUUUGGCUCAUCAACCAUGUCACAUAUAUCGUGUUCAGAUUUGUAUCCAUUUCUUGAAGAUUUCAAAGUACGUUUUAACAGGAAAAAGCGUAGUACACCAUACCGACGUGCAAUUAAACAGGCAACAAUAGCGGCACAAAGUUGUCAUCCACACAGUGAUAUUGAUUUAGAGGAAUUUGAUGUGUCAUGAAAUUUUUUCGGUUUUUUUUUUAUAUAUAAUAUUCAGUAAUGAAAUUUAUUUGUAAAUUUGAUAGGGGACUUCCUGUACAUAUGCAUGUAGAUAGUAUAUAGAGGGUACAUAUUGACUGAAAAUAUUUUAAAGCGGUAACAUCCAAUAGUUUAUGAAAAUACUGAGUUUUUAAAAACCAAGAUUAGAAUGAUAACUUUCAGGUCAAACCUAAUACAUGUAAAUGCUAAAUCUGAACGUUGCUUUAUAGUUUUUGCUUAGAAAGUCAUUGAUUUGUAGAAAAGUUAUAUGUUUGAUUCACUUAAUCCUUAAGACUAAGAGCAUGUUGAAGACCCUUGAGACAUAUAUUGUUUGAACUGUUGCCUAUCCUUCAGUCCAUCAGACACUCAUGUAUACUCAACUCCUCCCACAGAACUUUUUCGUCCUAUUGAUAUGAAACUUGGUAUACGUCAUCAGCAAGAAGUUGACAAACGCAUAUCUUCAGUAUUUUUAAGUUAUUUUUGAGUAACGGCCCUUUUUGCACUUUGAAAUAUUGCAACUACAUCAAAUAUUGUGUACACAACUCCUCCUUUAGUUUCCAUCCAGUUGAAAUGUAACUUUGUAUCGUCAGUGUGAAAUGGACAUAGGCCUUCUUUUUUAGGAUUUCCAUGUCCGAUUAUUUUUCUAGAGUUAGGCCUUGAAAUAACUUGGAAAUACUACAGCUACAAACAUUUCAAGUUGGACCAAAUUCUAUAAAUAAUACACAUUCUCUAAAUAGGAUUUGGCUCUUACAAUAUACUUGUCUCAUUUUUUAUUUCCUAGAAAAUUUGCUAAUUUCAGCUGAUCUGUCAAGCUCUCAUUGCAGGCGCCAUUUCGUCUGUGCUUCGUUUUACCUAAGCACUGUGUCAGGGUCGUCUAAACUCUCCAUACGCAAAAUGUUUUAGAUUUUACUGUUAUUGCAAGCAUUUCAGUGUUGUUUGGUGCCUCUGCACUUCAAGGAGUACACAAAAACCUGACAAAAAGUCUUGUGUAUGG